UAAAUUCUUUUGGUCUGGCUCCCGCUCUCACAGCCAUUGCAGUACAUUGAGCUCCAUAGAGACAGCGCCGGGGCAAGUGAGAGCCGGACGGGCACUGAGCGACUCUGUGCCUCGCAGAGGAAAAAUAAUUAAGCAUGGGCAAAGGAGAUCCUAAGAAGCCGAGAGGCAAAAUGUCAUCAUAUGCAUUCUUUGUGCAAACUUGCUGGGAGGAGCACAAGAAGAAGCACCCAGAUGCUUCCGUCAACUUCUCAGAGUUUUCUAAGAAGUUCUCAGAGAGGUGGAAGACCAUGUCUGCUAAAGAGAAAGGAAAGUUUGAAGACAUGGCAAAGGCGAACAACGCCCGUUAUGAAAGAGAAAUGAAAACUUAUAUCCCUCCUAAAGGGGAAACAAAAAAGAAGUUCAAGAAUCCCAAUGCACCCAAGAGACCUCCUUCGGCCUUUUUCUUGUUUUGUUCUGAGUAUCGUCCAAAAGUCAAAGGAGAACAUCCUGGCCUAUCCAUUGGUGAUGUUGCCAAGAAACUGGGAGAGAUGUGGAAUAACACUGCUGCAGGUGACAAGCAGCCUUAGGAGAAGACGGCUGCUAAGCUGAAGGAAAAGUACGAAAAGGAUAUUGCUGCAUACCGAGCUAAAGGGAAGCCUGAUGCAGCAAAAAAGGGAGUCGUCAAGGCUGAAAAAAGCAAGAAAAAGAAGGAAGAGGAGGAAGAUGAUGAUGAUGAUGAAUAAGUUGGUUCCAGCAGUUUUUUUUUUCUUGUCUAUAAAGCAUUUAACCCCCCUGUACACAACUCACUCCUUUUAAAGAAAAAAAUUGAAAUGUAAGGCUAUGUAAGAUUUUGUUUUUAAACUGUGCAGUGUCUUUUUUUGUAUAGUUAACACACUACCAAAUGUGUCUUUAGAUAGCCCUGUCCUGGUGGUAUUUUCAGUAGCCACUAACCUUGCCUGGUACAGUAUGGGGGUUGUAAAUUGGCAUGGAAAUUUAAAGCAGGUUCUUGUUGGUGCACAGCACAAAUUAGUUAUAUAUGGGGAUGGUAGUUUUUUCAUCUUCAGUUGUCUCUGAUGCAGCUUAUACGAAAUAAUUGUUCUGUUAACUGAAUACUACUCUGUAAUUGCAAAAAAAAAGAAAGAAGUUGCAGCUGUUUUGUUGACAUUCUGAAUGCUUCUAAGUAAAUACAAUUUUUUUUAUUAGUAUUGUUGUCCUUUUCAUAGGUCUGAAAAUUUUCUUCUUAAGGGGAAGCUAGUCUUUUGCCCAUUUUGGAUCACACGAAUUAUUACAGUGUUUAUCUUUCGUAUAGUUAGCUGAUAAAAAGCUUUUGUGUACAUACCCUGCAUACUCAUGAUGAGGGUAAUAAAAGUUUAAUUGAGACAGUUUUCAUCCGUAACUGAAACUCAAAUCUUUAUCGGUUGAUAUCACAUUUCACAUAGCCCAGGUUCAUUUACAAAGUGAAGAGUAACCAAUCUACUCACAGCAUGGGAUUAUUAGAAUCAAACAUUUUGAAAGUCUGUCCUUGAAGGACUAAUAGAAGAGUAUGUUCUAAUCUUUACAUGAGGACUCUACAUCCUUUAACUCCCAUUACCAUGUAAUGGCAGUUAUAUUUGCAGUUCCCACGUUUAAGACUGAGAAUGUAUCCCCAAAAGCGUGAGCUUGAAAUACAAGACUGCCAUAUUACGUUUUUUUGUUGUUGUUAAUAUUAGUCCCAAAAAGGCUCUGGAGAAAAAGUGCUGGCUGUAAAUGUCUUCUCCUAUUUAUCUAAAUAUGGAUUGUUUAGGAAACUUGAGAUCCUCCAUUAAAGGUAUUUUUAAUUAAUUGGGCCAACUUUUAAAAUUGUAUACCACAUUUUAAAUCAGGUAUAUUUUCCUAUAUUAUGGUUUGCCCCUUUAUAAAUGAAAUAGACAUGAGGGAAGAAGACAAACUUUGUCUUUCAGUGUGAAUUACCUGAUUUAUUUGAAUUUGAUUUUUCUUUACAAAACUCAAGCUCAUUCAUCAGGGUCAUAUGUUUAUCUGCUUAACAGUUUAGGGAACAAUUUGGCAAUUUUGUGGUUUUUGAGAUUAUCGUUCUCUUAAAGUGCCAGUGUUUUAAAAUAGUGUUCUUGUAAUUUUACAUGCUUUUGUGAUGGAGUGCUGUUUUGUUAUAUAAUUUUGACUUGGAUUCUUUCCAUUUGCAUUUGUUUUAUGUAAUUUCAGGAGGAAUACUGAACAUCUGAGUCCUGGAUGAUACUAAUAAACUAAUAAUUGCAGAGGUUUUAAAAAAAA